AUGGACCACAUCAUGCUGCAUGACACUGUUCUGGCCCUCGAGGACUCAACUUGGCGAGCAUUGACGAAUUCGGGGGCCGCUCUCUUGCCGUUCCUCAGUCGAGAUUGUAUCAUGCUCUUUCCAUUGGGAAUGAAAGUCUCGGCCAAAACGACCCCAAAUCUUGAGGAUGUGAUGAGAAGCGAUGCUUUUGUGCCGUGGAAGCAGUACAAGAUGAGCGACGUGGAAGUUACGCCAUUGGGACCGGAAGCAGCCCUGAUCAGUUAUCGAGUCAACGCGACGAGACGACAUAUUACGGACGAUGACGAUAUGAGACAGGACGAAUUCAAAGCAUUGAUCUCGAGCACUUGGCGCAAGGAUCCAGAGGCAGGGAGAUUUCUUAUGUGUGUUCAUCAACAAACACCUUAUGAGGAGGAUCUGGAUUUUGAGGGAUGA